UUGCCCUUUUUAAUGUUCUCUGCAGGUCUGCGAUAUUUCCCAGAAGCCGACAUCCAUUUGUUAGACCAACUGACGGGAGAUGGGAGAAAACUGGAUUUAAAAUAUAACGGCAGUUGCUCUCUGGAGACCUUCUACAAUGAGCCUAAGCAUCCCAAUGGGAACUCUUACCGUCUCCAAGCUUGGAUGUACAGUUCCCGCUUCCUACAGUACGCAGAAGCUCUCAGCCAUCUCCUGAGGACAGGACAAGGAGUCGUGCUGGAACGCUCCCCCUACAGUGACUUUGUUUUCCUGGAGGCGAUGUCAAAGCAAGGCUACAUUCACCCAAGGUGUGUGAAACACUACUAUAGGAUGAAGCACCUUAGUAUAUGUGAGAUUUUGCCUCCACACCUGGUCCUUUAUAUUGAUAUUCCUGUCUCAGAAGUUAAGAAAAGGAUUGAGGAGGUAGGAGAGCCCUAUGAAAAGAAAGUCUCAGCAGCCUAUCUUCAAAGCAUUGAGGAUGUCUAUAAGAAAUCUUUCCUGCCACAGAUCAGUGAAACCUCUGAGGUCUUGCAAUAUACAGCCAGUGAAGCUGACGGUCUGGAGAGAAUUAUUGAAGACAUUGAAAUGCUGAAAUUUAAUAAAGGACCUUGGCUUGAACAAGAUGAUAUUACCUUGCAUUACUUGAGGUGUUGUGUUGAAGACAGGUCAAAAAUAAUGAGUACUGUGACGGUUCCCGACUACAUUCCUGAAGUCACCAUAGGAGGCCUUGAUGCCGACUCCAUCUACCACAGUUACAGGGCGCUUCCCGGACGCAUGUUUGCCUCUGGUUACAAUGCGGAUGUGGGAGACAAGUGGAUCUGGCUCAAAUAGCCCAUUUGUCUGGAAGAACGAAGUUGGCCACAGGAGGACGAUGUUAAGCCGCCAGCUGUAAAUAGGUGACGUCUUUACCAAAGGUGGCAGGUCUUCAGGUGGGAGAAGAAGCCAACAAAAAGGAAAACGUUCAAUCAAGAUUCUUCUGAGCAGAAUCCCACUAAGGCAGCAAUGUCCAAACUUGGGAACUUGAAGACUUGUGGAUUCCACAAGUCUUCAAGUUCCCAAGUUUGAACAUCCCUGCACUAAGGCAAAGAAGGAAACUGUGGCAAAAUAGCACAGUGAAUAAAAUAGCAUCUGGAGCUUCCUAUAGCUGAAAACAUGAAGUUCCCCAAUA